UCGAAGUCCGUGUCAUGGAGCGCUUCUCAGCUAAAUCCAUGUCCCCUUAUUCAACCUCAGCCAGUCGCUUCAAAGCUCAAGCACUGCCAUGCGCGAAGCGUUUCGCGUCUAUGCGUGAUCGACUGAUCAGGCACCAGCCCCCAACUGCACCGCCUUCUUAAUUCGUUAAAGAGCAAGGGGGUCAAAGCCGACUUGUACUUGUAUUAACUGUCAUCUGCGAGUUGACUGUCCCAUUUCUCCUUGUUAUUCUGCUUUCUGCUUCCCAUUCUCUUUCACCGGUUUCAUGCUGCUUUUACCUUAAUAUGUCAAGCCGAAAUGACAGAAAAGAAGUUAUGUGGCCCGAGGAUGACGUAGUUGAGUUACUAGCACAGCUCGAUUUUCUUGUCGAAUGGCCAGAAACAUCCAGAGUCCUCGACAAGAAAGUCCAGCGCGACGAAGCGGACAAGAAAGUCAUAUCGCAGCUGAGCAAGAAAAUAGAUGGAAAAUAUACUCCUCGCCAGGUGGAGCGCAAACUAUUGGACUUGUACAAGGAAGGCGACCCAUCCAAAUGGUGGGAAUCCAAUUUCACACAAGUUUUUUGCAACGGGAGUUCGCGAAUGAUGGCCCUAAGUGAUGGUAUCCGAAGGCGCGUGAAAGAAAGAUAUACUGUGCUCUCAUUGGGGACACCACGGUCAAGAAGAUCCUCCAAACGUCCUGCUCCAUCAACUGUACCGCCAACGCCACCUGUUCAACGUGUAGGCAAACGACGCAAGACGCCCUCCAGAACAACAAGAUGUCAGUCAAAAUCAAGGAAGACUACCCCUCUAAAUAAUUCGUCGAAGCGAUGGUACAACCGUAGCCGAACCUCCAAAACAUCGCCUUCUGUUGUCAUAACACCUAUAAAACAAGAACUUUCGUCAAUUUCUCGGACUUACGUAAACUUGCAUCCAAUCCGGGCUGAAGUCAGCGAUUCUAUGGAUGAAGAUUCGUACCGGUCUUUGACCGAUGAGCCUCCAAUCAACACCCUAUUGACACCCGAUGCCGCUCAAUUCGAUUGUCCCCAGAGAACCCCGGGAGAAUGUCCUGAAUCCCCACAGUCGAUCAUCAAAAUCGCAAUAGACGUCCAGGAAUAUGAGGAUCUUAUGCUUGACCUGUCAGACUUCAAACAAAAACGGGACAAAGCCGAGGCAGUCGUUAAGCAGCUUCAGCGGGAGAGUCGUGAGCAAAAGGCGCUUAACGACAAGAAGCAAGGUUAUUCCUUCAGCUAUGAAGCUGAAAUAAGGAGAAAAAAUGCUAGAAUCGCCGAGUUGGAGAUCCAGGUUAGCAGCCAAUCAGUGUUGCAACCCUCUUGCGAUUGGGGAUACGGGGAACUGAAUAUCGAAACACUGCGUUCAAAAGUAUCGAUAUUGGAGAGGAAAAUCGCUGCACUCGACCAUAUAUUGGAUUUCGAAUAUCCUGAUGGAAGAGGAAACACAGUGGAAUGGAGCGCCGGCUUGCUAGAACUGACGCGUACGGCCCUCAGCAACAAUUUGCACUCCUAUACUAGUCAACUAGGCUAUUUAUUGGAUCACAAUAUCCCCCCACAGUGGUUUGUUCAGGCUCUAAUAGGCGCUGCGGUGUGUAAGGACGUCUUUGGUCAGGAGUUUCGGUGUUUUGAAAUGAUGAACACAUCACUGCUUGAUGAGUAUAGAAACCAGGUUACCGCAGCUUGUGAUAAGAAUGUUCUACGCAGUAUUGACUUUGCUUCCCAUCGAUCAAUUGUCCAAAGUGACUACUUCCGCAACACCGUGAUUCCACGAAAAGCUGCAAACCUUGCCGCGCAAAAUUUGGACAUUCUGGCUUCUUUAAUCGCAGAGAAAGAGUAUUCAGAAUGUAAAGAGGUACUCAGGCGAGAAUUGGAAGGCAUAUUCACUGUUUCGUUCGACAUCAGAGUGCUUCUGAUGAUAACCAAGGAUACAGUCGGAUACAUCUGGCCAACUCCAGGUUCAACAUUCGAAGUUGAGACAAUGGAACCAGUAGAUCUCAGAAAUCAAAAGAUGAACGAGUAUGAUCAAGCCGGGGGCCCUAGAGUAGUACUUCCAGUAGCUCCAGGACUUCGUGUGUACACAUGUGAUCGUCAAACGGUCAACUACAGUGGGUUUUUGGGAGAGGGCGAUCAUGUCGAAGGGGACCAAAGAGUACUCGUGAAGUCUGUGACACAUAUAUGA